AUGAGGAACUUUAAAGGAGUCAACUUUGGGACUCUGCUAAGCAGCCAGAAGGAAGCUGAAAAGUUGCUGCCCGAGUUGAAGGAGUUCCUGUCCAAGCCUCCAGCUGGUCCUCUCAGCUGCCGAUAUGAUGCAGAGAGAAGACAAGCCUGUGAUGCCAUCCUAAGGGCUUGCAAUCAGCAGCUCACUGCCAACCUGACUUGCCCUGGGCACCUGGGAAGCCUGCUGGAGCUGGCAGAACUGGCCUGCCAUGGCUACUUGGUGUCCACUCCCCAGCGCCCUCCCCUCUACUUAGAACGCAUUCUCUUCAUCUUCUUGCGGAAUGUUGCCACACAGGGCAGCCCAGAGGCGACGCUUCGCCUUGCCCAGCCCCUUCAUGCCUGCUUGGUACAAUGCUCUCAUCAAGCUGCUUCCCAAGACUAUGAGGCUGUGGCUCGGGGCAGCUUUUCUCUGCUUUGGAAGGGGGCAGAAGCCCUCUUGGAGAGGCGAGGUGCAUUCUCAGCUCGGGUGAAGGCCUUAAGCUUCCUAGUCCUCUUGGAAGAUGAAAGUACCCCUUGUGAGGUUCCUCACUUUGCUUCUCCAACAGCCUGCCGAGUGGUUGCUGCCCAUCAGCUGUUUGAUUCCAGUGGCCGUGGUUUGAGUGAAGCAGAUGCUGAUUUCCUAAAUGACCUGCUCUCUACGUAUGUGAUCAGAGUCUUGGUGGGUGAGGAAGGGCACUUUCCUGGCCAUCUUUCUCCGCAGAGAGCCCUCUGCUUAUUGGAGCUUACCCUGGAACACUGUCGUCGUCUCUGCUGGAGUCACCACCACACCAAGGCCACCAGAGCAGUGGAAAAGGCCCAUGGUUACCUAAAGAAUACAGAUCUGGCCCCUAGUCUCCAGUUGUGCCAGCUGGGAGUUGAGCUGCUACAAGUCCAGGAGGGAGGACCCCAGGCAGUGGCCAACCUUCUGGUCAAGGCAUCAGCUGUCCUGAAUGCCAGUAUGGAGGCACCAUCACCACCACUUCGGGCAUUGUAUGACAGCUGCCAGUUCUUCCUCUCAGGCCUGGACAGAGGAACCAAGAAGUGCUAUGGACCUGAUGCUGUUCUGGGCCUCUAUGCUUUUCUUGGCAGCUACUGCUCUCUCAUACUACAGCUGCGAGAUGGUGUCUGUGGGGAUUCAUCCAAGCAGCAGCAGUCUUUGGUUCAGAUGUACUUUCAAGGACUUCAUCUCUACAUUUUGAUGGUUUAUGACUUUGCCCAAGGCUGUCAGGUAGCUGAUUUUGCUGACCUGGUCCAGCUGGUGGAGAGUUGCAAAUCAAUUGUUGUCUGGAUGCUGGAGGCCUUAGAGGGUCUGUCAGGUCCAGAGCUGAGAGACUAUCUGGGGAUGACUGCCUCUUAUACCAGCAACUUGGCCUACAGCUUCUAUAGUCACAAGCUCUAUGCCGAGGCCUGUGCCAUCUCUGAGCCCUUCUGUCAGCGCUUCGGCUUGCUGAAGCCAGACAUCUAUCCUGAGGUGCCUCCUGAGAAGUUGCAUAGGUGCUUCCGGCUACACGUAGAGAGUUUGAAGAAACUGGGGAAGCCGGCCCAGGGCUGUAAGAUGGUGACUUUGUGGCUGGCGGCCCUGCGGCCCUGUGGCCCUGAACACAUGGCUGAGCCAGUCAACUUCUGGGUUCGGGUCAAGAUGGAUGCGGCCAGGGCCAGAGACAAGGAGCUACAACUGAAGACUCUGCGUGACAGCCUGAGUGGCUGGGACCUAGAAACCCUUGGCCUUCUGCUCAGGGAGGAGCUACAGGCCUACAAGGCAGUGCGGGCUGACACUGGGCAGGAACGAUUCAAUGUCAUCUGUGACCUAUUGGAGCUGAGUCCUGAGGAGACACCCGCUGGGGCAUGGGCACGAGCCACCCACCUGGUGGAACUGGCUCAGGUGCUCUGCUAUCACGACUUUGGCCAGCAGACUGACUGCUCUGCCCUGGAUGCUAUCCGGGAAGCCCUGCAGCUUUUGGAGUCUGUGAGGCCUGAGGCCCAAGCUAAGGAUCAGCUCUUGGAUGAUAAAGCACAGGCCCUGCUGUGGCUCUACAUCUGUACCCUGGAGGCCAAAAUGCAGGAAGGUAUCAAGCGGGAUCGGAGAGCCCAGGCCCCUAGCAACCUGGAUGAAUUUGAAGUCAAUGACCUGAACUAUGAAGAUAAACUCCAGGAAGAUCGUUUCCUGUACAGUAACAUUGCCUUCAACCUGGCUGCAGAUGCUGCUCAGUCCAAAUGCCUGGACCAAGCCCUGGCCCUAUGGAAGGAGGUAUUUACAAGGGAACAGGCCCCAGCCGUGAGGUGUCUCCAGCAGACAGCAGUCUCACUGCAGAUACUGGCAGCCCUCUAUCAGCUGGUGGCAAAGCCCUUGCAGGCUCUGGAGGUCCUCCUGCUUCUACGGAUCGUCUCCAAGAGAUUGGAGGACCCUGCGAAGGCAGCUGGCUCAUUCUGCCACAUCACUCAGCUCCUUCUGACACUUGGCUGUCCCAGCUAUGCCCAGUUAUACCUACAAGAGGCAAAAUCAAGCUUGAAGCUUCUCGAUCAGACCAGCGACACAUACUUGCUCCUUACCCUGACCUGUGAUGUACUUCAAAGUAAACUCUGCUGUACUACCCAGAAGGUGACUGAGGGUGUCUCUCUGCUGCUGUCUGUGCUUCGGGAUCCUGCCCUGCAGAAGUCAUCUAAGGCUUGGUACUUGUUGCGUGUCCAGGCCCUACAGUUGGUGGCAGACUACCUUAGCCUCUCCUCAAACAGCCUCCCAGUCUCCCUGUGGGAGCAGCUCUGUGCCCAAGGCUGGCAGACACCGGAGGUGGCGCUCAUUGACUCCCAUAAGCUCCUCCGAAGCAUCAUCCUCCUGCUGAUGGGCAGUGAUGUGCUCUCAGUUCAAAAAGCAGUCGUGGAGACACCAUUUCUGGACUAUGGUGAAAAUCUGGUACAAAAGUGGCAGGUUCUUACAGAGGUGCUGAGCUGCUCAGAAAAACUUGUCUCCCGCCUGGGCCACCUGGGCUGUGUGAGUGAAGCCAAGGCCUUUUGCUUGGAGGCCCUAAAACUGACAAUGAAGCUACAGAUACCACGCCAGUGCGCCCUGUUCCUGGUGCUAAAGGGGGAGCUAGAGCUAGCACGCAGUGACCUGGACCUUUGUCAGUCCGACCUGCAGCAGGUUCUGUUCUUGCUGGAGUCGUGUACAGAGUUUGGUGGGGUGGCCCAGCACCCGGACUCUGUGAAGAAGGUCCAUCCUCAAAAGGGGAGGCAGCAGGCCCAGGUUCCCUGUCUUCCAGAGCUCCCAGAGGAGGAGCUUUUCCUAAGAGGCCCUGCUCUGGAGCUGGUGGCCACUGUAGCCAAGGAGCCUGGCCCCACAGCACCUUCUACUAUAUCCUCCCCAAUCCUAAAAAUCAAGCCCCAGCCCAGCCCCGGCUUCCUGUCCCACCCACCCACCUGUGACUGCUCACUGUGUGCCAGCCCUGUCCUUUCAUCUGUCUGUCUGCGCUGGGCAAUGGUCACAGCAGGGGUGAGGCUGGCCAUGGGCCACCUGGCCCAGGGUCUGGACCUCUUGCAGGCUAUACUGAAAGGUUGCCCUGCAGCGACUAAGCGCAUUGCUCAAGCUCUACAAGCUUCCCUGAAUCACAGAUCACCCCCCUCCCCUGUCCCAAGUCUCUUGCAUGAGAUCUUGGCUCAAGCAUACACACAGCUGGCAUUGGAGGGCCUCAAGCAGCCAUCAGGCAAGAUCCUGGGGAAGGUUCUAGAGUCAGGGCUGAAGUUUGUGGCAGCACAGAUACCACUCCUGGAGCCCUGGCAAGCCAGCCUGCUGUUGACUCGUGCCCUUGCAAAGCUGGCUGGCCUCAAUUGCUGUACUACCCAACUUUUUGCAAACUCCUGGAGCUGGCAGCCCCCAGUAGUAAAAAGCCCCCCAGCCUCAGAGCCCUCUAAGACUCGGAGCAAAAAACAUUUGGGACCAGGGCGCCAGCAGGUGAUCUCUGCUCCUCUGCCCUACCAUAAUACCUCUCUAAAAAGUCUAGAAAGUGGAGGACCACCCUGUACACCCAAGCCCCUGGGCCGGGUUAGGCAGGCUGGCCCUCGCAUACCCUUUACUGUGUUUGAAGAGGUCCUCCCAGUGAAGAGCAAGCCUGAGGUUCCUAAGGCUCCCAGGGUACAACACCGGGUCCAGACACGCCUCAAGGUGAACUUCAGUGAUGACAGUGACCUGGAAGACCCUAUCUCAGCUGAGACACAGCUUACAGAGGAACCUAAGAGACGUGGCUCUGCUUGCCGGGGCCGGGGCCGGGGCCGGACUAGGAAGGGCUCCAGCUCGAAGACUAAUGUAGCAGUUACUGCAAAUAGCGCCCCUGGGCACCCUGGCCUGAGUGGCAGGAGCUGGAGGGCCAAGAAGGUGGUAUCAGAACAUUGUGAGGAGAGGGGCCCUGAGAUCAUGAGGACCAUCCCUGAGGAGGAAGUGACUGACAACCAGGUGGAAAUGAGCUCUGAGAUCCUCAGAGGCUCUGAUGAGGAAGACUCAGCCUCAGGUAUGCAGACAUCAGCCCUAGGACCUGAUGCAGCCAUAGGAGAAUGUGAGGUGUUGAGACGGGAUUUCAGCAAGGAGGAGUUGCUUACCCUGUGCCCAGAUAAGAAACAUGACAAGGACCAUCGCCCUCAGUUCCAGCUCCCUCCAGCCGCUGUAGCUAUUGGUCUCUCUACCCUGGAUUCCAUCUGUGACUCACUGAGCCUUGCAUUCCGCGGGGUCAGUCACUGUCCUCCUAGUGGGCUCUAUGCCCACCUCUGCCGCUUCCUGGCCUUGUGCCUGGGCCACCGUGAUCCCUAUGCCACGGCCUUCCUUGUCACUGAGUCUGUCUCCAUCACCUGUCGCCACCAGCUGCUCACCCACCUCCAUCGACAGCUCAGCAGGGCACAGAAGCACCAAGGAUCACUCGAAGUGGCAGAGCAGCUACAGAGGCUGAGUCUCCAAGAGCAAGUUGCAGAUGUCCCCCUGGCCCAUAUUCAGCACCUGUUUUCCUUCAGAACUUCAGGAGCUGGCCAUUUCCCCCAGCCUGAAAAAGAGAGUUUCAAGGAGCGCUUGGCUCUGAUGCCCAGUGGGGUGACGGUGUGUGUGUUGGCCCUGGCCACCCUGCAACCUGGAACUGUGGGUAACACCCUUCUGCUGACCCGGCUAGAAAAAGACAAUCCCCCAGUCACUGUGCAGAUCCCCACUGCCCAAAGCAAGCUUCCUCUAAGUGCAGCUCUGAAGGAAUUUGAUGCUAUCCAGAAGGAACAAAAAGAGAACAGCACCUGUACGGACAAGCGAGAAUGGUGGACAGGGCGGCUUGAACUGGACCAUCGGAUGGAGGUUCUCAUCACGUCCCUAGACAAAUAUGUGUUGGGCUGCUGGCGGGGGCUGUUGCUGCCAUCCGGGGAGGACUCAGGCCCUGCCCAAGAGGCUUCCCGCUUACAAGAGUUGCUGCAGGAAUGUGGCUGGAAGUAUCCUGAUCCCACUCUGCUGAAAAUCCUGCUCAGUGGUGCCAGUGUUCUCACCCCUCAGGACAUUCAGGCCCUGGCCUACGGGCUGUGCCUGACCCAGCCCGAGCGAGCCCGAAACCUCCUGAGUGAGGCAGUGGGACGUUUGCAGGGUUCAACGGUGCCAAGCAAUAGGCACCUUGUCUUGGUGCUAGACAAGGACCUGCAAAAGCUGCCAUGGGAGAAUAUGCCCAGCCUCCGGGCACUGCCUGUCACCCGUCUGCCCUCCUUCCGCUUCCUACUCACCUACUCCAUUAUCAAAGAGUCUGGGGCCUCAUCAGUGCUGAGUCAAGGUGUUGAUCCACGCAGUACCUUCUACAUCCUAAACCCUCACAACAACCUGUCAAGCACAGAGGAAAAAUUUCGAGCCACUUUUAGCAGUGAAGCUGGCUGGAGAGGGGUGGUUGGAGAGAUCCCAAGCCUGGAGCAGGUGCAGGCAGCCCUCACAGAGCAUGACUUAUACAUCUAUGCAGGACAUGGGGCUGGUGCCCGUUUCCUGGAUGGGCAGACUGUUAUGCGGCUGAGCUGCCAGGCAGUGGCCCUGCUGUUUGGCUGUAGCAGUGCAGCCCUGGCUGUGCAUGGAAACCUAGAGGGGGCUGGCAUUGUGCUCAAGUACAUCAUGGCUGGCUGCCCCUUGUUUCUGGGUAAUCUCUGGGAUGUGACUGACCGUGACAUUGACCGUUACAUGGCAGCUCUGCUGCAGGGGUGGCUUGGAGCAGGCCCAGGGGCCCCUCUUCUCUGCUAUGUGAACCAGGCCCGCCAGGCUCCCCGACUCAAGUAUCUUAUCGGAGCUGCACCAGUAGCCUAUGGCUUGCCCGUCUCUCUCCGGUGA